AUGGGUCGUCCUGAUUCGGAGGCGCCGGCGUCGAGCGUCGCCCACGGAGUUCGAGGAGGCGCGCCGGCGCCCGCGGGGGCGGACUCGGCUUUGGAGACCAACGUGGUGAUCAUCAUGGCCGCGCUCUUCUUCGGGCUGCUCCUCGUCAUCGCGCUCAACUCGCUGGUGCGGUGCGCGCUCCGGCGCGUGUGCCGCGGGGCCGCGGCCGCUGCCGGCGAGGGCCGAGCGUCGGCGCGGGUGGCCUGCAGCGGCAGCGGCAUCAAGAGGCGCGUCCUCAGGAGCCUCCCCGUGGAGGUGUACGGCUCCGGGGAGGACAUCGACGGCGUGUGCGUCAUAUGCCUGAGCGAGUUCGUGGACGGCGAGAAGGUGCGCGUGCUGCCGCUCUGCGGGCACGCCUUCCACGUCCGCUGCAUCGACGCCUGGCUGGUGUCCCACGGCUCCUGUCCCCCCUGCCGGCGGCCGGUCAUCGAGAAGGGCGCCAGCGGCGGUGUCGUCGAAAGCCAGCGCCCUGCGGAGACGGACACGAUCAUCAACGUGGUGAUCGUGUGA